UCUUUUUAUUUCGGCCAUUUUUGCCGAAAGAUUGGUGUACGAUUUAGGUCACGUAUCCUUUCGUGGCCGUAAAAUCACUCAUUUUAAAUACUAUCAAGAUGGUGCAGAAGAAGCCUAAGAAGAAGGUAGGCAAGAAGGUAGCGGCCGCCCCGCUCGUUGUCAAGAAAGUUGAGCCUAAGAAAGUAGUCAAUCCGCUCUUUGAAAAGAGAACAAAGAACUUUGCUAUUGGUCAGGAUAUUCAGCCUACACGCGAUCUAUCCAGAUUUGUGAGAUGGCCCAAAUACAUUCGUAUUCAACGCCAAAAGGCAGUCCUUCAACGCCGUCUGAAGGUGCCACCACCAAUCAACCAGUUCACUCAGACACUCGACAAGACUACAGCCAAAGGUCUGUUCAAGAUUCUUGAAAAAUACAGACCAGAGACUGAAGCUGCCAGGAAAGAACGUCUAAAGAAAGCUGCUGAAGCCAAGAUCGCCAAGAAAGACGAGCCGCCACCGAAAAGACCCAACACAAUCCGUGCUGGCACAAACACAGUCACCAAGCUGGUGGAGAAGAAGAAGGCGCAGCUCGUCGUUAUCGCACACGACGUUGAUCCUAUUGAGCUCGUGCUGUUCCUGCCGGCUCUGUGCCGCAAGAUGGGUGUCCCGUAUUGCAUCGUGAAGGGCAAGUCCCGCCUCGGAGCCCUCGUCCAUCGCAAGACCUGCUCUUGCUUAGCUCUUACAAAUGUGGAAUCUGGUGACCGUGCUGCCUUCUCGAAGGUGGUGGAAGCCAUCAGGACUAACUUCAAUGAACGCUAUGAAGAGUUGAGGAGGCACUGGGGUGGUGGAGUUCUCGGUAACAAGUCUAAUGCGCGUAUCGCCAAGCUGGAGAAGGCCAAGGCCCGUGAGCUCGCGCAAAAACAGGGCUGAGAGUAAUAAACUAAGGACUAUAU